AUGAAGUUACAAUACGUAGCCAUAUUAGUCCCCUGUCUGUUUAUUCUAUUUGCUCUAUACUUCAUCUUUGAAAAAGAUAAAUAUGAUAACAUUAUUGUCACGGAAGAUACGUUGCGUACUAUCCAAAAUCUAAUAGAAAAAAAUCCUAUUUUUAUUGCUUCCAAAUCUUACUGUCCCUACGGUAGGCAAGCGUAUAUCACAUUAACCCAUAAUUAUAGGGUUCCUAAGGAUAAAAUAAAGAUAAUUUAUUUAGAUGAAUUGAAAUAUGGUGCAGAAUUACAAAAGGGUUUAUAUCAAAUAAAUGGUCAAUCCACUGUCCCACAUAUUUAUAUAAAUCAUAGAUUUAUUGGUGGUAAUGAUAAGUUACAAGAAUUAAAAAAUAAGGAUCAAUUAAGUGACCUGCUCAAAAAUGCAUUGAAAUGA